AAUAAUCUCUCACUAGCCUUAAAAAUAUUAUUUUUGUCCACUACCACUACCUUGUAAAUGAUUUCUCCCUCACUUGGUGUUUGUUUGUGUCUCCACCCACUGCACAAAAUCAAAAAGGUGCCAUGAGGAUCAUCUAUAUAUAUAUAUAUAUAGAAGAAAUUAAGAUCAACCAGCAGCAUAUAUAUAUAGAUCAUAUCACCCUAGCUAGCUAAUUAAGUAAGUGCAAAAAUUAAUUAAUGGCUGCUAAUAAUAAUAGUUUUCAUCUUAUUGUGACUCUUCUUGCUUUCUCUCAUCUUCUAUUCAUGGCCAAUGCUAUCUCCUCGUCUGGGAAGAUUCAUAGACAUUUGUUGCAUGAGAAAGUAGAAAUGUUGGAUUCUGGGGACAUGACCAAAAAUCAGAUAGUGAACAUGGAAGAAAAUGCGUCGUUUAUAGAAGACGAAUUCAUGAGCGAGAGGAUGGAUUUGGAGAAAACCGACUAUCCAGGACCAGGGGCAAACAAAAAUCACACUCCAAAACCACCGCAACGUGAUUAAUAUUAUUGAGACUGAUAAAUACUCUAUAUAUGUUUUUAUAUAUUUCUGAUUAAUUGAAGUAUGGAUAACGAUGAAUGGUGGGAUUAUAAGGCCGGUGAUAUCGGGUUAUUGGUUUGUUCAAUGGAUUAAUUGUGUGCAUCAUAUCAGUGUACGUGCAUUAGUGCAUAUCAGUUAACAAGGAAGUUAAUUAUAUAAAUUUCCUGAAUAAAUCUUAUCUUAAUUUA